GCGCGCGCCGGCUGGGGCGCAAAGGGCGCGGGCUGCGAGGCUUGCAGACCCCCUCCGCGCGCGCGCCAGUCUGGUUUGGGGCGGGACCGGGCUGGCGGAGAGCGGCCAAUCGCGGGGCCCUGGACACAGGGCCUCCCAGGGCCAGCGGAGCCAGAGGCAGCCUGAACGCAGGCGAGGCGCUGGGGGAGGGACACACGGAUCCGGGAGACCCGGGCUACCCGAGAGCGCGCGCGCCCGCACGGGAGGCCUGGAGCUCGGCGCGGGUCGCUUGGAGAGGACGCGCGCGCUGGGCCCGGCUGCAGGCCCCACGCUCCACGGAACGCGCCCGGGCGCACGUCUCCACGUGGGUGCCAAGGGCGCACGGGCGCACGGACGGGCGCACGGAGCCUCGCACCAUGCCGGUGUCUGACCAGGCCUUCGUGACGCUGGCCACCAACGACACCUACUGCCAGGGAGCCCUGGUCCUGGGCCAGUCGCUGAGGAACCAGCGGGCCACCAGGCAGCUGGUGGUGUUGAUCACUCCCCAGGUGUCCAGGCUGCUCAGGGCUAUUCUCUCAAGGGUAUUUGAUGAGGUCGUCGAGGUCGAUCUGAUGGACAGCGCCGACCACGUCCACCUGGCCUUCCUGAGGAGGCCUGAGCUCGGCGUCACCCUCACCAAACUUCACUGCUGGACGCUCACCCGUUACAGCAAGUGUGUGUUUCUGGACGCCGACACCCUGGUGCUGUGCAACAUUGAUGAGCUGUUUGAGAGGAGCGAGUUCUCGGCUGCCCCUGACCCGGGCUGGCCCGACUGCUUCAACAGUGGGGUGUUCGUCUUCCGGCCGUCCCUGCGGACACACCGCCUCUUGCUGCAGCAUGCAGCGGACCACGGCAGCUACGACGGGGCCGAUCAAGGCUUGCUCAACAGUUUCUUCAGCAGCUGGCCGACGGCCGACAUUCAGAAGCACUUGCCCUUCGUCUACAACCUGAGCAGCAGCCGCGCGUACACCUACGGCCCGGCCUUCCGACAGUUCGGUUCGAGGGCGAAGGUAGUCCACUUUCUGGGCCCCAAGAAGCCGUGGAGCUACAAGUACAACCCUCAGACGGGCUCGGUGCUGGAGGAGGCCCCUGGGACGGCCCCCCAGCACCAGCUGAGCUUCCUGAACCUCUGGUGGAACAUCUACCACCACAGCGUCCUGCCUCUGUACGAACGCAUCCCGGACGAGCCACAACAGCCGUCGCCCGGACACACGAAUUCCUUCCCUCGCGUUGAGGGGCCGUGUGCGAAUUCAGCACCUCGUGCGGAGGGGCCGUGUGCGAAUUCAGCGGCCACGGCUCCUGGGGAACCUUCGGAGACGCCCACGGUAGUGAAUGAGACCCCACUUUCGUCUGAGGCAGCCCCCUCAGAAGACGUAAGUACCAGCACCCCACACAGAAAGACGACAGGUUGCCCUGAAAUCGAGACUCCGGCUGGAGCGAUGCCUGAGCCAAAUCCACCACCUUUUCCCGCAUUGGCCGGAGUCGCAGAGCCCCAAACCGCCUCCGUGCAGAUCAUUGAAACACAGCCAGCGGACGAGACAGGAGGUGGCCGGUCGCAGGAAUCCGGGCAACGAAACCAGGAGCCCCCUGUGAAUGUCAGCAGGGACCCCAGACCUGAGGAUGCGCUGGAGGUGGACCUGGCCGUGUCCAUUUCCGAGAUCUCCAUCAGCGAGAAGGUCAGGGCGCCGAGCCCCCUGGAACAGAGGAGGAAGUGGGAGGAGGGCCACAUCGACUACAUGGGGAAGGAUGCUUUUGCCCGAAUCCAAGAGAAGCUGGACCGGUUCCUGCAGUGACCCGGGGGCUCCGUCCACCAUGUUCUGUUGGGUGGACGUCUCCUCUCGUGUCUUCCCGAAGGGCGACGCUGUGCAACUCCGUGCCUGUCUCCACGGUUCAACUCCGUGCCCGUCUUCAGGGUUCAACUCCGUGCCUGCGUGUGUCGUUAUUGAUGGUCGACCCACCUGAGUGCCUUCCAAUAAAACGCAACGCGGACCGCCAACAACCCAGCUGGAAGCCGCCUGCGGGUCCCCGCUCUCCCACACCUUCGCGCCGUCUUCUCACCGCGUCUGCAAGAAGGAGCGGAAAGGUACUUCUGGUCGACCCUCGGCCAUGGUCUCGGCCAGAGGAGCUUGGCAUCGCUGGCUCGGACAGAUGCUACGGCGUCUAGGUUGGACGUUACCGUGGAUUGUCUCCUGCCCCCAGGCGAAUAACAGUAGGAUCGUGUGUGCAGUGCCUCCGGAAU